AUGGUGAUGCAGACGAGCAGCAGCAGCAGAGCGCACUCGUCCUCGUUCACGUCCACAUCGAAAUCGAGUCCGUCGACCCCCAGAAGAGCUACCACUGUAACCAAUACGAGGAGAAGGAGACAGACGACGAGGAGGAGGACCGAAGCUGUUGCCAGCGUCGAUGAUGUUUUGGAAAGUUACAACGUGGUAGAUGCAACAACUUUACCGCCGUUGCCGGCUGAUUUUGAAGCGAUAAAAUACGCGCCAUCGCCGCUGGAACCCGGAGCACUGAACGCACAAUUUGCCGUUUUAGGUGUCGUCUCGAUCACCGUGGCGUAUUGGUGGUUCGUCGUCGUCCCGGCUGCGCGCAUCAAUCUCGCGGUGAACAAGAAUCAAGGCAAACUGAAGACGUAUCUGGAGGAGUUGAAACAAGACGAUUCGCGAAAGUUGGAGAGGUGGUUUUUUACCGAGUGGUUGGUGAAGAUAGACCCGGAGACGAAGUAUUUAUUGCGAGAAGAUGAAGGAGAAAGAGAGACUGAUAAUAAUAAUGCUAUCAAAUUGGGAGACACUGAAGGCGGCGGCGAUAAAACGAAGAGCGAAGACAUCGAUAUUAUCAUUCAGAGAGCGAGAAAGACGCCGGAUUUCUUCUCCCUCGAUAAUCCGGUGUUGGUGGCGUUUAUAAUCACGUUUGGCUUUUCUGCAGUUAUUGGACUCUUAGGCGAAGUUAGCGCUGGCGUGUUAGAGAAUUAG